AUGAAGGCCACACCCGGAACGGUCAACGACAUUAUCAUCACCGAGGAUAACACCGUCAACGGCACUGCUAGCCCUGUCAAGACUCAAACAAAUCUUUCCAGUGGCAAUGGUUCUUUUCAGAUAUCCAUAACAAACAACAUGGGCGCGAGUGGUGUCAAUGCAUACAUCACUGGUCGAAACGCAGCUGGGUCUGUUGUUUUCCUUUCACCACAAGGGGGUUGGUACUAUCCAGAUCCUCAUGGCAGUGCGGCUCCUGUUCAGAUCACCGAUGAUGUCAAGUUGCCACUUGGCGGGGCUGGAAGCAGCAGCACAUUUGCACUACCUGGGUACUUGAGCGCGGCUCGUGUAUGGAUUGCAGAAGGAGAACUGGAUUUCUUCACUGUGGCUUCCAAUGGUAUUCAACUGGUUGAACCGUCAUUUGCGAAUCCCAAAGAUCCCUCGACCGGUAUCAACUGGGGCUUUGUGGAGUUGACAUACCUCGCGGAGGGUCUCUGGGCAAACCUUUCCUUUGUCGACUUUGUUGGCCUUGUUAUGGGCAUGACCCUGACGCUUGGAAGCGGCGAGGUGCAAACCAGAAAGGGAUUGCGAUCAGAUGCGAUUGCAGGUAUUUGCAAGGAUCUUGUAUCGCAAAGCAAUGCCGACGGCCAACCCUGGGGUGACUUGUGCGUCACCGACGACAACGGCACCCCGCUGAGAAUCGUGGCACCCAAUAUCUACCUCAGCGACGACGGAGACGCCUUUUCGGAUUACUUCAACCAGUACAUUGACCAGGUGUGGUCUCGCUUUACAUCUGAGCCUCUGACGAUUGACACUCAGUCCGAUCCGGGCUUGGUCAAGUGCAAUGUCCAGGGCGGCAACAACCUCUUCUGUGACGGCGAUAACCGAAGCUAUAGCAAACCCUCAGCCGCGGAUAUCUUUGGCUGCAACUCUGGUCCAUUCGCCAUCAUUGAUGGGGAUAAUGCAGUCCACAAAGCUGUUGUUCCACGACUUUGCGCUGCCUUCAACCGAGGCACAUUCCUCCAAGAUGGAGGAAAUGUUCAACCAAAGCAGCCUAGCAGCGAUUACUACCAGUCAAACCCCAACAACCAUUACUCCCGUAUCAUCCACCAAUACGAGACUGAUGGACAAGGCUACGCAUUCUCUUACGACGAUGUCAACCCCGAUGGAGAGAACUCAGCUGGCCUCGUGGCUGGCCCAGACCCUCGAUUGCUGCACAUUGUCCUCGGAGGCAUUCAGUAA